AUGCAAGAUUUUUCUUCUACGGUGUCGUUUAGUCCCAGCUUCAGUUUCUACGCUUCCGGUGACGGUGAACUCGUCGAAGCCGCCGUUAGAGCCGUCCGUGAAUCCCAGAGUUAUUAUUCCGUUAAAGUUGACGGUGACGCAGAGUUCAAAUUCGAAACGUCGCCGUUAAGUGAAGAGAGCUUCUUUCAUUUUCCGACGACGACGACGACUUUCAAGCAUUCAACCGGCGAAGACGUGGCGGUCGGUCGUGUUACCUCGAAGAAGAAUAUUUUCUACGGUGGAUGGAAUACUGAUGAUCCAUCUCUAUCUUCACCGUCGCAAUCGCAUUCGUCGUCGGAGUCUGACGAUUUGGAGGAUCUCUCACCGAGCAGAUACUACUGUUUCUGGAGUCCGGUAAGAUCUCCGGCGAGAGUCGAUAGCACGAAGAGCAAAUCAUCGAGCGCACCUAAACGGUGUCGUAUUAAGGAGUUUUUGAGGAGAAGUCAUAGUGAUGGAGCCGUUUCGACAUCGAACGCAUCGAAACGGUGCAGUUUCAAGGAUCUUCUGAGAAGAAGCCACAGUCACGGCGGCGACGGCGGGUCUCCGAUGUCGACGAGCGGAAACGUAUCGCCGGCGGUGAUAGGGAAGAGUAAAACGGCGUUGUAUAAGCCUGAAGUGGAUAAGAGAAGAAAGUCUUACUUACCUUACAGGCAAGAUUUGAUCAGCGUUUUCGCCGGAAUGAGUAGAUUCCGUCGUUAA